GGCUCUAAGUGCCGGGGAGCUUAGCGGCUCUGCUUAACCCCGCAGGUGUGGCGGCGGGGGGACCGGCGAGGAGGAUGUGACUUCGCAGGAAGAUGAAACCAAGCGUUGUGGAGGCUGCCGACGAAGGAGCGCGUCCCUCAGAUGGAAUGCAAGCAAAAAGUGAAAAGAUAAAAUCUUCUCUGAAGAAUGUGAAAAAAGAUACAGGGAAGCUAGAGAAACUUAAGUAUAAGCCACUCACUGGGAAGGUGUUUUACCUCGACAUUCCAUCAAAUGUGAUCUCUGAAAAAAUAGGAAAGGACCUCAAAGAGCUAGGAGGGAGAGUGGAGAGUUUUCUUAGUAAAGAUAUCAGCUAUCUGGUGUCUAAUAAAAAGGAGGCAAAAUUUGCACCAAGUCUUGGUCAGAUUUCUCCUGUUCCUAGCCCGGAAUCUACAGGUAAUGGAGGAAAUAGUUCACCUCAUCCUAGCAAACGAAAAGAUCGACAUGACGGAAGUUCAUUUAAGAUAGUAGAUACAGUACGUAUGAGCAGAGGAAAAUCCUUAGUUGAAAAAGCAAUCAAGGAGCAGGAUUUAAUCCCUUCUGGUAGUAUACUAUCCAAUGCACUGAGCUGGGGAGUGAAGGUACUUCAUAUUGAUGAUGUUAAGAAUUACAUUGAACAAAAGAAAAAGGAGCUCUACCUAAUGAAAAGAUCAGGCAGUUCUUCAAAAGAUGUGGGAAAACAAGUUACUACUCAAAAGUCAAGAACAGGUAGACUGAAAAAUCCAUUUGUGAAGGUAGAAGAUAGAAGUUGCCUCUACCGGCCAUUUUAUCUGCAGUUACCCAUUUUUCCAGUUCUGAAUUACUGUGUUCCAAAACCGUAUAGUCCAUUUGAGGUGGAUAAGAAGCAUCCUUCUGGCCAAAAACAAACGCAGUCUAAGCAAAGAACCAAAAUAAAUAGUGACAAGGACUGUGGAACUCCUGUUCAGCUCCCUCAGAAGGACAAAAAAAGGAGAGGAUAUUGUGAAUGCUGUGGGAAGAAAUAUGAAGAUCUGCAAACACACCUUGAAAGUGAACAGCACCGGAAUUUUGCACAAAGCACACAGUAUCAAGUUGUUGAUGAUAUAAUCUCAAAAUUUGUUUACAAGUUUGUAGAAUACAAAGAUGAUGAAAAAAUAAAAAGGACAAAAUGUAGUACAGGCUGUUUUUCUCCUGUUAUUGGGAAGAUAACUAGACCAGAUGAGCUGAAAGAACGACUGAAAAAGCAACGCAUUUCCUUGAAAAGCUACUCGUGGAAGGAUACAACAAUGCGGGCACUCAAACCAGAUCGCCAGCCUGUGGAAGUACUACCAAAUUCUGUGCCAAUACCUACCCCUCUUUCUGGGUCUGUUUGUUCAGUUCUUUAUUGUCACCUGGCACAACCUUCAGAACUGCAAAUUAAGUUCAGAAAUAAUGAUGAAAAUACUAAGACUGAUUGCUCCUGUGCUGCAAACUUAAGACAGACUGUUGUAUCAUCAUAUUUCAUACAACCACCCCCUUGGAAAGAUGACAAGGCAUAUACAGAGACCUUGUCUCGAGCUUAUGAGUCAUCCAAUAAGGAAAUACUGCAACUAGAAGUAAAUGAAAAGAAUUUACAGUGUUUUCAGGAGGGCAUGUGUACUUUAUGUUCUCAUGCUGAAGUUACAGAAUUUAGUGAAAAGGACAAAAACCCAUUGCAGCCAAAAAGAAAAUUAAAUAAUGCAGUAGUUCUACCAGCAAAGUGUUUGAAAAAAACAGAUGCCAAUCCUACGUUUGUCAAGAAACAUCGUGAUUUCUGUGAUAAUCAUCAACAGAUGCAGCACAAUGUAGUUCUGGAGGCUGAGGUAUCUGAUACUGCUGUAAACAAAGAACUUAAUGAAUUGGCUGCCAGCACUACACCCAGUUCACCAUCUGGAAAACUGCACAGAAAAGUGAAGCUUUACUUUGGAAGAAAUAAAAAAGAAACCCAGAAACAAAACCUGGAGUUAUGCUUAAAGUAUACAAAUGGACUGUCUGUUCCUGAACAGAAGAGAAGCUCUUGCAGCUCCCCAGUGCAGGCCCUGCUGGAGUUAUUUCAGACAAGUGAAAGAAACUCAGAAUUUGGAGGUUUUUCAGGUUACACAGAGAGCAAAGAGUAGCCAGUUGCCUGACUAGCUUACCUGGAGGCAGAGUGAAAGACACAAGUGAGAAUUGGAAAGACUUUUUUUUAAGACUUCAAACAUUUCCCAGAGGUGAUCUCUUACCAGAAUUUCUAUAUCUGUAAAUCAGUGCAGGGCAUGAGUAUGGAAUUACAAGAGGUAAUUGUAGUGCUUUAUUAAUAAAUGUUAAGUGCCUUAAGGUCAUGUAAGAUACCUAACCAGCAGAAAUCACUCUAAUUUUUCUUCCGAAAUUACUUGUUUGUGUUUUUAUCUCUUGACCAUUUAUUAUUCUCAAGCUUACUCUGUCAGUGUUCUUAUAAAGUGGUUUCAGUCGUUGCAUACUGUAGUCUGUCCUUUAUAGGAUAGUGUCUAAGAGGGGGUAGGUAAUGUUUCUUAGUGUGCAGGAAUGGGUGAGGAAAACAACAAUUACUUUCCUUUAAAGAGCAUAUGAGUUGGGAGCUUAAAGGUGACAUUCCUGACUCCACUGUUCAUAUAAUUGCC